AAUAAUUCUCCUCCCUCUUCUCUCUCUCUUUUCGCAAGCCCCAUGCACGCAAACCCACCGUCUGCCUCUUCUUCUUCUUCUUCUUCUCUCCCUCUCUGUCCUGAUCAUUCGUAGCAGCAGCAUCUCCCCAUCAACCCAUCAACCCCUCUCCCUCCCUCCCUCUCUCUCUCUCUCGCCAUCCCUCUCUUCUUGGCAAUUGGCUUUGCAUCUUGCGUGCGCAAGAGCAUUUAGCCAGAACCCGAGAAGGAGGAGAGGGGAGAUUCGGCCAUAAAAAAGGAGAGCGAUUCGGAUCAAGAUGUGCUUGAUACACGGCGCUGGAGAAGGAGGAGGAGCAGGAGAAGGAGAGGGUAUGAUGGAGCCGAGCUUGGAGCCGCCGACCAAUUUCGCGAUGGUGGAGGAAGGCAUCUACCGAUCCGGCUUCCCUCGUCCUGUCAACUUCCCCUUCCUUCGAUCCCUUCAGCUUCGCUCCAUCGUAUACUUGUGCACCGAGCCUUAUCCAGAGGAAAAUCUCAGCUUCCUGCGCUUGCAAAACAUUCGUCUCUUCCAAUUUGGGAUCGAAGGGAAAACGGAGCCUUUUGUACCCAUUCCUCGAGAAACCAUAACGGAGGCUCUAAAAGUUUUGAUCGAUGUGAGGAAUCACCCAGUUUUGAUCCACUGCAAGCGUGGAAAGCACCGGACAGGUUCUUUGGUGGGUUGCCUCAGGAAAUUGCAGGGCUGGUGCUUGUCCUCCGUGUUUGAGGAGUAUCAGCUCUUCGCCGGUGCGAAAUCCAGGGUCACGGACAUGAGGUUCAUCGAGACUUUCGACGUGACUCAACUGAGGCAGUGCCCGUACAGCGUCAUCUACCGUUACCAAGGUUAUAGUUCCAACAAGAGGCGGUUGAUGUAUGGAGAAGAGAGUGUACAGAAGCCUCAAGUAGCUUCGAGUUAGGAGGGUCUGCAGGCCUAGGCAGGACACAAAGGAAGGCGGAUGCCUUGGUCACUACGCAGGGCGUGACAUUGCAAGUAGUUGUAAAUUGAAUUCGAUUUACCCCUACGAAAAUACUUCAGCACAGGCGCUCUUGGAGGCUUGCGGUCUUUGCUUUCUUGUUUUGGGAGAAUUGAUUC